AUGCUGGGAGCCACCCGGGCCUCGGUCUCUGUCAAUGGCUCCCGUGCGUUUGACUGGCUACCAUCGAGAGAAGCCCCGCUUAUUGUCUGCCUCCAGAUAUCCGUUCAUGCAUGCACGCUGGCAUGUGUAUGUCACGUGAUACAUGCAAUUCCGAGUGUGUUUGCCCCAAUUCGCUUUUGCUCGGAAUCGCUGGCGAACGUUGCUGUGUCAAGCCUUCUAGCCACCUUCCAGAACCCACCUCUCCUCAUCGUCCCCCAGCAUACUUUUUUCCCGCGGGCUGGCCCAUCUAACGUCUCUAGCGUUUCAAGAGUAUCGAGUUAUACUCUCUUGUAUGGUGGUUGCAUGGCCCAACGUGCAUCUCCACCUCACCCUGGUGUGCUCUACGCCUUAUCUAACGUUCUUCCAUGCAUCAUGAAUGGCUGUUCCCCAGAUGGCGGAAAUCCGGUAAAAGUUGGUGAUUUGGGGCAUUUCGUCAGGAACAACCGGGUGCAAACCUUAAUACGGUCGUUUAGUGGGUGA